GUCUUGUCUCAGUCUAGUUCGCUCGAGUCGAGUGUGGCGACUGUGGUCAGUGCGCGAGGACACUUUGUGGGAUACGGAACCUCGCGUGGAGCGCAAACUCACUGAAACGUUAACUUGACGUAACGUCAUGGUAAUAAACAGCUGACAAGCAAGAGCGCUAACGAACAGUUGAGUGAUAUUGUGUGCGUGUCUGCUACGCGACCGUCAAGGAAGAAGGACUCUGCGUUGUGCCCCCUCUGGCUGUUGUGGCCAACUCAGGGGAUGGAUGGAUGCGAAGCUAAGCUGAGCUAAGGUCGAUCACGGUGACCAGCUGUGUGCAUAUUUCCUCGAUAAAACAUGGUGGAAAUGUGCGUGACAACAGCCAAUCAGAGAGGACGUUUUCCUGCUCCACUUCCGUUUGCAAGUCAGUAGAAGUCAGCAGAAACCCAGUCUCUUCGCCUUGCCCAUACCAUAGCGAGACGCCCCGGUGACGGAGGCGGCCGCUCCUCGACGAGUCAUUCGUCGAGCACCAAGUUUCUGCAAGAAGUACGACGCAAGUGAUUAUGUGAAAAGCGUAAAAGGAACCUUCCAGACCCGGGCGUUAACGGGAGUUUUCACGAAAUCAGAGUCACUGCGUCCAGCAGGAACUGACGUUCCUUGGCUGGCAACCAGUCCAGGGUGUAUCCCGCUUCUCUCGCCAAAAGUCAACUGGGAUAGGCUACAGUUCAUCCGUGACCCGAAAUUGUCCAUAGGUGUGAAUGUUGGAGCUGAGUCGUGGGGGGUGGGGGGCCAUGUGUUCCUGCUGAGUCGUCACUUUGGGAGCCACCAUGAGGCGGACGCCGCGGCCACCCCUCUUUCCCAGUUCGCCCCCCUUGCACCUCCCCUUCCUGCUGCUGCUGCUACUGGGCACCGCCGCCUCCUUGCCGCCGCCGCCCACCGGUGGGGCCACCCCCUUCCCUCAGGAUCUGGAGCCCAUCAGCGUAGUUGGACGAGAGUCAUCCUAUUUGUUCCCCAGCUUCCAAGGCCUGACGGAGGACAACGAUACAGAGCGUCUGGGUCUGGACUUCCAGAGGAUGCUCAGGAUCAACCAUAUGCUCUACAUCGCCGCACGGGAUCACGUGUUUGCCAUCAAUCUGGCGGCGUCCUCGGAGCACAUCCUCCCGCAGCAGAAGCUGACGUGGAAGACAAAGGAUGUGGACAAGUGCACUGUUCGAGGGAAGAACAGCGACGAAUGUUACAACUACAUCAAGGUUCUGGUGCCACGCAACGACGAGAUGCUGUUUGCGUGCGGGACCAAUGCCUUCAACCCAACAUGCCGUAACUACAAGAUGUCAACUUUGGAGCAGGAUGGUGAGGAGAUGGUCGGUCAGGCUCGUUGCCCGUUCGAGUCGCAUCAGUCCAAUGUUGGACUUUUUGCAGGAGGAGACUUCUACUCGGCGACCAUGACGGACUUCCUGGCAAGCGACGCGGUCAUUUACCGCAGCCUGGGAGAGAGUCGUCCCGUACUACGAACGGUCAAGUAUGACUCAAAAUGGCUUCGAGAGCCUCAUUUCCUGCACGCUAUCGAGUAUGGCAACUUUGUGUACUUCUUCUUCAGCGAGAUCGCCGUGGAGUACACUUCACUGGGCAAGGUGGUUUUCUCCAGAGUGGCACGCGUGUGCAAGAACGACAACGGCGGUUCCCCUCGGGUUCUGGAGCGCUACUGGACAUCCUUCCUGAAGGCUCGCCUCAACUGCUCCGUGCCGGGUGACUCCUUCUUCUACUUCGACGUGCUGCAGUCGCUCACCAACGUGCUGCAAAUCAACCGCCGGCCCGCUGUGCUCGGCGUCUUCACCACGCAGGCCAACAGCAUCACCGGCUCGGCAGUAUGCGCCUUCUACAUGGACGACAUCGAGAAAGCCUUCAGCGGGAAGUUCAAGGAGCAGAAGAACAGCGAGGCAGCCUGGACGCCCGUCCCAGACGAGCAGGUUCCCAAACCAAGGCCCGGAUGCUGCGCCGGAGAAGGCUCGGCCGCCGACCUGAAGUCAUCCACCGCCUUCCCCGACGACACGCUGACGUUCAUCAAGUCCUACCCACUCAUGGACGAGGCCGUGGUCUCCACCAACAACAGGCCGCUUUUCACCAGAACCACUAGCAGGUUCAAGUUGACCCAGAUCGCAGUGGACACGUCGGCGGGUCCCAACCGGAACUUCACGGUGGUCUUCUUGGGUUCUGAGGAUGGCCGUGUUCUGAAGGUUCUCACCAGCACGGACGGAAACAACCAGACGCUCAACACCACACUCCUGGAGGACAUUAAUGUCUACAACCAUAACAAAUGCAACGUGAAGGGGGACGAGCGUCGGGUCUUGGGUCUGGAGCUGGACCGAGACCACCACGCCCUCUUCGUGGCCUUCUCAGGAUGCGUCAUCCGCGUGCCGCUCAGCCGCUGCGACGACUACAGCGACUGCAAGACACGCUGCCUGUCUUCUCGGGACCCAUACUGCGUGUGGCUGAGGGCUGGAAAGUGUGUCGCCGCCACACCCAGAUUCAAAGGCGCCUUUGAGCAGGACGUGGAGAACGCUGCUCCGCUCCAUCCUGACGUCUGUCAUGAUGUGCUGGCGACCACGCGCAAGCACAACACGCCUCUGGAUACGGCUUACGGGAAGGCCACACCCACAAGCACCGGCCCGUCCAAUCAUAAGGAGGCAGGUGACCCUGAAAGAGGUCCAGGUCUGGAGGGCCCUCCCUACGAGGGGGAGCAAGGGUCACCUGACUCGAAGCCAAUCAGUGUGGAGAUGGAGGGCGUGCGGCGCCCCCCGGAGGCAGAAAAGAGCAACCACAGUGUCCACUACACGCUGCUAAUCGCGUGCGUCCUCGUGGCCUUCGUGCUGGGCGCCUUCCUAUCGGGCUUCUUGGUGUCCUGCUACUGCAACCGAGCCGGACACAAGACCCCAAAGCUCCCCAAGGAUCCCGAGGUCCAGAUCCCGCACGCGCUGUCUUUGCGCAGUCUGGCCAAGCUGAACGGCCUCCUGGAGGCCAGCACUGGCAAGGAAGACAAGCUGGAGGCGUCCUCUCCCAAGAUCUACAGCUCCUUGUUCUCCAGGGAGGCACCCAGGAGGAGCGCCCACCACGGGAUGUCAAUGGGGGAUCUGGUGCUGCCCCACCACCACCACCUGCGCUCGUCCUCGGAACUCUCCGGACUUCCCACACCUGACUCCACGCCCGAGCUGCCCAUCAAGAGCAUGAAGGCCUUCCGGAACCAAUGGGAGAAGAACCACAACUGCAACAACGCGUCCCGGCCAUCCUCGGCCCACGUGUUCCCCUACGGGGCGUCGCGCCUCCCCGACGAGCGCAAGGUCCACAACGCCGAACGUCUCCUGCCACAACACCCCGGCUACGCCCACAAGGUGAUGGAAGUUACCUCAUUGGACGAGCUCCUUAAGCACAUCCACGAGGGGGGCAGCGCCAAGACACCACAGCUCAUCAGCCCGGUGGGGGGGCAUUUCACAGGCGGGGCGGUGGCCGCGGGGCAUCUGGCCUAUGCCGGCCGCGUCCAGCCUCACAUUCCGGAGACUGAGUCGGCGCCGUACUACAGCUCGUCCACGCUGCCCCGCGACAGCCUGACCCGCCGCUUGGACGUCCCCCCGGACCCGCCGCCACCGCCCCAGCAACCGUCCACGCUGGAACGCCGCCAGUCCUCGUCUCAGAGGCACUCCUUCAUGGGUGCCGGUACCGGCGGGGCGGCACUCCCUCGCCAUCACAGCUUCAGCCAACGCAUGGGCACCCCCCACCAGCCGCCGCCCCUCCUGGCGCGCAUAAACUCCACAGGAAGCUGCGAGGGCCACUUCCCCCUACUGCCGCCCGGGUACUUGGCGCGUUACAACGCCGCCCAGCAAGACACCCCUCUCAGGGGCGGCGGCGUCCGAAGGGGCCCCCCGCUAAAACCAGACGCCCCGCCCAAGCCGCUCUUUAUUCCCGCUUCAUCGCCCGUCAGCCCGCACGGCAACUUCAACUACUGACAGUUUUGAACACGGACCGACACCUCAAGUUGACGUGGAAAAUUAUCUUUGUACCAUAUUGGUAUUGUUCUCUUCUACGUGAACCACUACAUUUACCUUUCACCGCGACGCAGCGUAGAGCAGCUGAUGGCGUCCUCGACGUGCAACCGCAACAACUACAUCCGCCAGGGACUUUAUUGAGCAUUACACAGCCACUACAUCAAACAGCUACACAACAAUUACAUCAACAACUUCAUCAACUGCAAGAAUGACUACAACGCCUGUAUUAACGACUACUUUAAAGACAACAUCCACAACAAUACGGCAACUGAAUUGUACUAGAUAGUCUACAUAACUACAUUGACUUCAUCGACAAUAACACAUACGUAUAUACAUCAACAAUUAUAUCGAUUGCAUUAACUACAUCGACUGCAUCCACAGCAACUACAUCAACGACCACAAUAACAAAUACAUCAACAACUCCUACUUUAGUGUCUACAUCAACGGCUACACUAACGAAAUUGUCUGCAUUAAUGAAUACUUUAAUAACUACGACAACUCCGCUGACUAAAUCAACCACUGCAACGGAAACACAACUACACCCACCACAUCAACAACUAAAUCAGAGACACAACUACAUCAACAGCUAUUGUAUAUGGAGUACAUCAAUGACAACAUCAACUACAUAAAUGACUCCAUUGCCAAUCAACAAUAACUACGUCAGUGACUUCUUUCAUAAACAACAUCAGCAACUACACAAUUUCAUAGAUUACAUCAACUACUCCAACGAACUCACAACAACUACAUCGACAACAAGGAUGCUAAGGUUGCACAAAGUUGCGGUAAAGACUUGAAGCCGUGUGAAGCACUGCGACGCUUCGUUCUUGUUUUCUUUGCGAUGUCGUUGUGUUGCUAACCAGAAUGUGUUUCUAUUAUGCAUGUGGGUGUGUGUGCGCGUGCGUGCGUGGGUGUGUACUGUAUGUGUGUAGAGCCACAUACUGUAUAUACUAUCUGCAGUAUAUAUUAAUAUAUGUGUCAAGUUGUAAUGACAAGUUAGCAAGAAAGUAACUUUUGUCUUUGCCUUAUUAUACUCAAUACCCUCAAAACUCCCCCCAAAACCCUUAAGCCCCAAAAAAGUUAAAAGCCCCCAAAUCCUGUUAACAACUACGAGUACGUUUGUGGCUUUUUCCUAAAGUGUUCCUGAAAUGUUCCUCAGAUGUUCUUGAAAUGAAUGGUUGGAAGCAUCACACAAUCCUGACUUGAUUGUCAUUAGCGCACAAAAAAAGUCAACUUUUUCUGUUUUGCAUCAAGAAAUGAUUUACUUUUUGAGGGGGCGGUGCGCCUAGUGGGCUGAAGCGGAUGACUUGCGGGUGUCGUUUUUUGUUUUGAUUUUUGAUUUUAUUUUUUUAAGGGAGAAAUGUUUGUUUGGUGCUCACGGACGUUUUCUCCAGUGGGAACAUUUUGGACCGCCAGAGGCCGACAUUCCCGUACAAACUGUACAACCGCAACAACAAUGGAGAGAACUGCACUUCUUAUUGACACAAUUUGUGGCUAAUGCUUGUAAAUAAAAACAUACUGACUACACAAA